GGGAGUGAAGCAAGCGAGAAGAACAGCGGCAAUGGCGACGGCGGUGUACUGGAGUGUGAUGAGCGGCAUAAGACCAGGACGCCGCGCGCGAGACCGUUUAGUCAGUAGCAGUCGGGGAGUGCCUUUGCGUCGAGGGAAGGUGGCGGUCGGACGAGGCUUUCAGAGAGCCUAGGGAGCAAAGAGACUUUAGAAGACUUGCAGAACGACUCACGAGAACAGAAAUAUGAGGUGGAUUCUGGCAGCGGUGGUUGUGCUGAGGGCGACGGCGAGGGAGGCAGUGUCGCAGUGCCUCACACACGAAGAUAGGAUAAAAAUUUUGGGCGUCAAUCAAGAACUCCAUGAAGUAGUAGAUUUCGGCCUCGAGUUGUACAAGGAGUUGGAGUUAGGGCCAGCCACCUCCUUCCUGGCGUCCGGGAGGAACCUGUUCUUCUCGCCCUACAGCGUCUGGUCGGCUUUGGUCCUUGCGUACUUCGGCUCCGGUGGGUCAACUGAGGCCGAACUCCAGUCGGCGCUCGGCGUGGUCGAUAAGAUCACUACUCUGACGAAGUUGCGUGCGCUCGAACUCACAUAUGACUUGCGGCGCUCCACUGGCUCCAGCUACACAUUUAACUUAGCCAACCGCAUUUACAUCGACGCCGCUUCCCCCGUUCGAGACUGCAUCAAAAACAUUCUCUUCAGGGAAAUAGCAGAAACCGACUUUAGAAACACCUUCAAGGCGGCGAACAACAUCAAUGAAUUUGUGUCAGAGACGACUCAGGGAAGGAUUCCCCGCCUGCUCGAGGAAUCUGACCUGAGGGACGCCCAGAUGGUUCUGGUUAACGCAGCGUUCUUCAAAGGCAUCUGGAAAUACAAUUUUCUCAGCAAUAACACCUUCCUCGCACCCUUCCGGACCGAUCCUUACCUUAGCUUCCUGGAAGAUGCUGGAACGCCUCUGAACGAAGCCGAAAUGGUGUCGAUGAUGAACCAGACCGGCAGCUUCAAGUACGGUGACUCAAAGGAGCUGGAAGCCCGAAUCCUGGAGCUCCCCUACGAAGGCGGCGCUAUGUCGAUGUUCCUGCUGCUACCGGAGGAAGAGGGUCCUUCGGGCUUCGGCAGGACGGUGGAGAGCCUCUCCUCCGCGGCUCUUUCGAAGGCCAUGAGGACCAUGAAGCCAAAUACGGUCAAUGUGCAGCUACCGAGAUUCAACAUGAGCGUCGAGCUCAUAGACGGACUCGAGGCCGCUCUCAAGAACAUAGGGAUCCGCAGCGUCUUCGACCCCGAGUACGCCAACUUCAGCUCCUUCGCCCCGACCCCGAGGAUGAGCGUGAGCAAGUCCGUGCACAAAGCUUUCAUCGAAGUGAACGAAGAGGGUUCUGAGGCGGCGGCGGCCACGGCCCUCGCCAUCAACAUCCGCACGAGACCGACUCCCCCCGUGAGCUUCGUUUGCGACAGGCCGUUCAUUUUCUUCAUCUACGACAACGACACGGAAAACAUCCUCUUCUUGGGAGUGUUCAGGAAUCACCUGGAGGCGCUUCAGCAUU